GGCUUCAUCACAACCGCUCAUUAUACCUCCAACGAUACUUAUGUACAGGUCACUGGUUUCUUUGACCGUACCAAGUAUGAUCUCUUGGAAACAGAUGGUGGUGGACAGUAUGAUGCUCAUGGCAACCACAAGCCCGUAGGUGCUAUGUGCAAAGGUUACCCCCACUUUGUCAACUUGGUUGAACCCAGUGACAACCGUUUCUGUAUUAGAUGCUGUGAGAAUGAGGAUGAUUGUAACACUGGUCGAUCGGAAUACGGCUGUUUACGCGUAGUUCCCGGUGACUAU